AUUGGGAUGCGACCUUAGUGGCUUCACUGGGUCAUUGGCACGAACGUUGGCUGACGUUGAACGUACUCGGGCGACUCGCGUGACUUCCGGUGCUUAAGCGUCUAGCAAUUGACCCUUCGCACCCCGAUGUCGCGUCCUCCGCGUACAUAACAUCGUUGCGCAACGAUGCUUUUUCCUAUCCUUUUGUUUUCUUUUCUUCUUUUUUUCUCCAUCAAAUAGCAAUAACAUCGCAAUUUCUACAUCAUUGCGUUUUAUUUCAUUAUUACGGUAUCAUUAUAUGUAUAUAUUAUUACAUACGUAAUAUCUAGGUAUACGUGAUUUAAUGAGUUCAUUUUCAAGAGUCAAUCUUCAUAAUUGAAAAUCGGAAAAUCGACGUACUGCAUUAAGUCGACUCGAGCAUUCGUCCUUACCAAUUUAAUGAUCGUUGUUACCAAACGGUUUAAUUCCGACUUCGUGAUCAUUACGGUCGUUCGAAUCGUUGCAUACUCAUUUCUUUUAAGAAAAUCCUCUUGGUAGCUAUGAAUUUUCUUUUCCUCUCUUUUCUUUUUUUUUUUUUUUCUUAUUGUACAUUUUACAUACGAUGUCAAAAGUUCUUAAAUCGUUGCAGGUUUGAAAGCACGCGACAACCGUCUUUCCGUAUAUCGUAUUUCAGCUACCUAUAUUUAUCGUAAUCCACGUUUCUUCCUCGGUAUACUUACGCUAGAAACACUAAACUUAGUAACAACGGAACGUAGGAAAAACAUUGAAUUUCAAAGAUACUCGACUUCGUACAGAACUUUCUUCUAUGAAUUCUUAUUUCGAUUUGCAUGAAUGUUUAGAAAUAUCGUAUUUUCGGAAAGAAUAGAAGAGGAAAGUAUCGAGUGAUCGAAGAAAAGAAAAAAAGAUUUAGAUUUUAUUUGACAACUUUUUUUUCAACUUUACAGACAUCUACGUACUUAAGUAAAUGCAUACCUAGUUCCAUUAACUUCGAUCGUGCUUUUUUUUUUUUUUUUUGUUAUAUUCUUUUCCUAAUCAUCUUAUCCGUAGCCUUUUUCAAGUUAGGUCAUAUAAUUCGUUUAGAAGUCGCAAGCGCCAAAAUAGCAACGAUCUCACGCACCUACGAGUUAAGCGCGAGCGAUGGAAAACUUUAAUCACUUUUAUGAUUAAAGUAAUGCCGCAACAUUUUCCAUCUCUUUGUACUACGUCAUAUCCUUUUAAAUGUCUCUUCCGUAAGAAUUUUUCAUAUCCAACGUUUUAACUAUUAAGGCCUACAAAUAAUAUUUUUUAAUCGGCAAAGUAAACAUUAACAAAUGUGAUAAGAAAAAAAAAAAAAAAAAAAAAAAAGAAAAGAAAGAAAAAAGAAAGAAAAAUGAUAAAUAUCGAAUAAUCCGUUUUAUCUGUAGGACAUUUUGUAGGGUAAAAAGUAUAACGGUAUUAGGCGAUAAAGCGUUCCCUGAAAAAUAAAAUUACCUGAAAGGAUAAAGCUCGGUAGUAAGAUGGUUCUUGAAGAAUUCCAAGGAGAAAAGACGAUAAGAGCGUGCAAGCGCGGAAUUCCAGGAAGAUCAAGGUGUUUUCACGACGAGAGCUUUCUCCUUAUUCAAUUUCGGCAUUAACUUACGUAUCCAUGUAUGUGGUAGCGAGUAGAAAUUCCGCAAGAUGUCGAGACUUCAUCCUGAUUAAAUUCUCUGAUUUAUUAUCGGCACUAUGAAUCUUGGAAUCGCGAGAGAGUGCAAUCAUUUGCAUAAUGGAACUGUAUCCCGUAAAAGAAUGCUAAUUCGACCGAACGAGAAUAUAGAUUUUUUUUUUGUCUUAAUAUGAAUUAUAUCUUAAUGAGAACUUUAGAUAUGGAAAAUAUUUUUUCCUUUCAAAAUGCGACGAUUUUUCUUCGAUCGACCUAGAGAAGAAAUCGAAAGCGUGUACGUAGCGCGAAUUUGGCCAAUAUUGUUUGAAAUUUCGAGUUUAGGCGUUAUCUCUCUCGAUGUAUCUUUCGAACGAGGCGCCGGCGAAAGCGUCGAUUCUAUGCGUAGAAAGGAGUGAGUUAGAGAGAGAGAGAGAGAGAGAGAGCGCGUAUGUGUGUGUUUGUAAGUGUGAUAGAGAGAGAGAGAGAGAGAGAGAGAGAAGGACGACGUCCUCGUUGCCAUGGCGACUCCCGACGAGUUCCGGACAAUCCUGGAAAGACGUGAAGAGGAUCGCGUAGGUCGUCCAAGCACGAAAUCUAGCGCGCUUCGUCGAAGGAGCGGUAGAUGCGCGAGACACUUGUUGCACGUUGCACGACUGCUAAGAAGAGGGAGGGAGAGUGGCUUGGAGGGUGUUGCGAAAAAAAUCCAAAGUCGGUGAGAGAGAGAGAGAGAGAGAGAGAGAGGUAGGGGAGAUAGAAAGAGAUAGGAAGAGAGAAAGAGAGAGAGAGAGAGAGAGAGAGAGAGAGAGAGAGCGGAAGAGAUGUCGAUCAAUCGCUCGAAUCCGUUCUUCCGUCGAGCUUCCCUUCUCGAAUCGUUGAAGGAGAGAUCCUUCGCUUUUGGCCAUCCUUGAGGAAGAAUCGUAUUUUCAAAAUCACAUUCCCGAAGAGAUCUCUUCGGUGAUCUGUUCGGCUAAAGUGGUAGAGGACUAUCGAAGGGUUGGUUCUAAGGAUGAACGGAAGAAACGCGACAAAACGAUACGGCCGGUGACAGCGGUGGUGAGGAGGCAUCGGCCGGCAGCCAUUCUGGAGACGAAAAACAGGAUCUUCGCGUCCUCGUCGGAGCCGUCCUAUUUGGCCGGCCGUUUCGUUUGGAGGAAUAAGAAGAGAAGAGAAACGAAGGAAAGCUGGAUCACCUACGUGGAAUGUCUUCGGGCGCCAAGCGACUGGUGCAGUCGCUUAGGGGCCGAACCAGUGGUGGUGGUGGUGGUGGUGGUGGUGGUGGUGGUGGUAGAAGCAUCGGCGGAGGAGGAAGCACUCGUUCGGAUGGCAUCGUCGGUGAAGUUAACGUCGUUGGUUCCGCCGGUUCUAGCACCAGUGCGACCAGAUUGUGCCAUUAUGACAGUGGCCACGAACUCGACGAGAUCUCCGUCGUCGGCGGUAGCGUCGCCGUCACCGGCGGCGUUGUCAUCGGACCUCUUCCCACCCCCACCACACCUUGCCAUUGCACCACUCACAAAUAUGGCAGCGGACAGACCCUUUACAGCAUCGCCGGUCUCCCUCCCGCCCCCGCCGCACCCGCUCACAGAGCUCACUCCGGCGGUAUCGCAUCGACGGCCGGCGGAACGAUCGACCGUCUAAGUUGCGGUUCCGUGUCCGCGUUAGGGUACGACAUCGUCGAUAAACACAGGGACGGUGGUAUCGUUGAGACGCCCGGAGGAAGAAGAAGAGGAAGAUCGGUGCUCGCGAGAGAGAGGGAGGAUGACACGAAGAGCGCGAAGAGCGCGGAGAGCGUCUCCAGGGGCGUUCUACACUCGAGACAAAGCCUCCUGGAUCUUGUUAGCAGCAAAUUCAUGAGCCGACACACACCGACUCAUCACUACUAUCAACAACAGGUUCAGCAGGUAUACUCUGUGUCGCAGCGAUACUUUGGCUCGUCCCGCGACUCGCUUCAGGGAGCCUACGUGAAUCGCGGAGCGAGCGAAUUGGAUCUCAGUCGUAAACCGAGGAGGAGGGACCAGCAGAGGGGUAGGAUUAAGUUGCCGUACGCGGUCGGUGCGACACCGUCGCGCGAUCAAUCGCAUCUUCAUACGCCGGCCUCCAUCAACCACCUAAGUAACUUCAGCUGCAACGGCACCGAAACGAGGUAUACGGCCCAGCAGCAACAACAGCAACGCGGUAGCAGAGGUUUUCCCGGUCAAGCUGGAACGAAAGGUUUCCGUACCGGAGCGCCAAAUUGGUCCUUCAUAUUUGAUCCCGCGGGACGACUUUGUUAUUAUUGGUCGAUGGUGGUCUCUCUCGCCUUCCUUUACAACUUUUGGGUCAUCAUCUUUAGGUUUGCCUUCCAGGAAAUCAACGGCGAAACGUAUUGGAUUUGGUUCUGCCUGGACUAUUUCUCGGAUUUUUUAUACGUCCUGGAUAUAAUCUUUCAUAUUCGAACGGGAUAUUUGGAGGACGGCGUUUUACAAACCGACGCCACGAAACUUCGGAAUCAUUACACGAACAGCACUACGUUUUACAUAGACAUUCUGUGCCUGCUGCCCCUCGACUUUUUAUACUUAUCUAUAGGAUUCAACAGUAUGCUGCGAAGUUUUAGACUCGUUAAAAUUUACCGGUUCUGGGCGUUCAUGGAUUGGACCGAGCGACACACUAACUAUCCAAAUUUAUUUCGUUCCACAUCCUUGAUACAUUAUUUGCUGGUGAUCUUUCACUGGAACGGGUGCCUCUUUCACAUUAUUCAUAAGAACAACGGUUUUGGUAGUAAGGAUUGGGUCUUCAGCAACUCCGAAACCGCGGACGUUGUAAAGCAGUAUCUACAAAGUUACUAUUGGUGCACCUUGGCACUGACCACCAUCGGCGAUUUACCCAGGCCAAGAAGCAAGGGCGAAUAUCUCUUCGUAAUAGGUCAGCUCCUUUUUGGUCUGCUCCUAUUCGCCACGGUACUGGGACACGUGGCGAACAUCGUAACUUCGGUCAGCGCGGCACGAAAAGAAUUUCAAGCUAAGUUGGACGGUGUGAAAACUUAUAUGCGAAUGAGACGGGUGCCGAAUCAUCUGCAACAGAAAGUGAUCAAAUGGUUCGAUUAUCUCUGGUUGACGCAAAAAUGUUCCGACGAGGAGAAGGCCAUUAGCUGUCUUCCCGACAAGUUGAAGGCCGAAAUCGCGAUAAAUGUACAUUUGGAAACGCUGAGAAGGGUUGAAAUAUUUCAGAACACAGAAGCUGGUUUCCUAUGCGAAUUGGUGCUUAGACUGCGACCCGUUCUUUUCUCACCUGGUGACUACAUUUGUCGAAAAGGUGAGGUAGGAAAGGAGAUGUACAUAGUGAACAGUGGUCGGCUCCAAGUUGUGGCCGACGACGGGAAGACGGUCCUCGCCACCCUUAAGGCGGGUUCCUACUUCGGGGAGAUCAGCAUUCUCAAUAUGGGGACUGCAGGUAAAGAGUGCGGUAAUCGACGAACAGCGAGCGUGCGGUCGGUCGGCUACUCGGGUCUCUUCGUUCUCAGUAAAAAGGACAUGUGGGAUGUCCUCAAGGAAUAUCCAGCUGCCAGAGUACGACUGGAAUCCAUUGCGGUCAAAAGAUUGGAAAAGUACAAGAGAGCGCCCCUUAAGAAGGUGGCUAUGAGCAGAUGCCAGAGUACGCCAGGUUUGGUGGAAUCACAUGCACGAGUACCGCUAGAGGAUAUGCUGGUGUCAUCGUUAGACGAAAAAUUAAGAGGACAGGGCUAUGCCAUAGGGGCCGGAACUCGUUCGCUAUUUACUCCGAGCUCGAGCCCUGUGCUGACGCGACCUGCCGUUGGUGUUGCCGGCGUCGCUACGAGCAUCGCGACAGGCCCUAUUCUCCCCGGUAACAACGUAAACGUCAACGUCAACGUCAACAACGUCAACGCCAGCAGAAGUAUGGACAGCCCGAUGAGUGCCACCAGCAGCGGACAGAGUAGCGAGGAUCCAACUGCCAGGAUGCCUCGAUCGGUUGCGACUCAACCCUCCACUGGAAGGCAAUCCACUCAUUCUGGUAUGACGUGCAACAGCAUGACGCAAUUGAUGAGCGAGGGCGCGACACCUCUUCUCGACACGCACGAGACUCUUUUGGCGGAGAUCAAGCGACUUAAGGAGCGUCAGGUAUGCUUGGAAACGGAAAACGCUACGCUGAGCGCUAAAUUGAAUCAACAACAGUGGGAGGUCGAGCAACGUUUGGCAGAAAUCGAGCUACAAAUUUGCGGAGCGAGUUCUACGUCGAGCGUCGAAGACAACAACGAACGUAAUCGCGAGAGCAUCAUUUAA